AUGGAUUUAGUCGAGUCAGGGAGUAUCUCUGAUCUCGAUGAUCAGAAAUGGAAUUCUGAUUCCCCCGAUGAUGCUGGCAGUGCCCAUCCCACCAGUGACUGCGGCAUCGGCCACCGCGUCUUGGCCAGUCGCUCCGUCCUCGCACUCGCAGUCGACGAACACUGCGUGUUUGCUGGUCUCCAAGGAGGUGAUAUUUUUGCGUGGUCCCUUGAGACAUAUGACCUCGUGCUCUCUGUCCACGCACACAAAGAGAGCGUGCUAGGCCUCUACCUCUCGGAUGAUGGCAGUUUAUUAUUUUCCAGUGGUGGCGACUCCGUCGUCAAUGUGUGGUCAACGAGAACUUUUGAACGACUCUACUCAAUCUACUCCCACCAUGAUGUGGGUGAUAUUUUCACAGUUGUGUACUCGUCAGCCAAUCAAACUAUCUACUGUGGUGCGCAGAACACAAGUAUCCAGUGGUGUGAUUUCUCCGAGGAAGGGUCAACCUUAAACCAAAAUUCAUCAGCCCAUCCCUCAAAGCGGACGCAUCGCUUCUUUGAUUCUCGGGGACCGGACGGUACCCGCGCUCAAGGAUCGUCCGACGGUGCUGUCUCCGACGGUGGUCGCGUGUUGAGCUUCAAGCGAGAUCAUCACAAACUCUUCGCGCACCAUGGAUACGUUUACUCUAUGCUCCUGGUCAAAGGAUUGGUUGAAUCCGCACCCUCCGAAGAGGUCCUACUAACUGGCGCUGGCGAUGGAGUGGUGAAGCUGUGGCGUGUUGGCCAGUCACCGGGCGGAACUCCGACUCAGAUUGCGAAGCUGCAAAAUGGAGAUCCUGUGCUAUCCAUUGCCGUUGAAGGAUCAUUGCUGUACUGUGGUCUUGCAGGCGGUGCUCUCAAUAUCUGGAAUUUGGACUCGCAGCAACUUGUGAAACGGAUCACCAGACACACUGGUGAUUUGUGGGCCGUGCACGUUAUUCAGGGUGUUGCUAUCUGUGGUGAUUCUAGUGGAGUAGUAAAGAAAUUCAACUCACGAUUUGAAGAAGUCGGUGGGUGGGUUGCCCAUGAAGGAACCAUGCUGGCUUCUGCAGCUGGCCGGUUCAAGGACCGUCAGAUUUAUGCCACUGGUGGGAACGACAACUCAGUGGGUAUCUGGGACUUGACCGAGUUCUUCAUGACACAGGAAGAGUUGCCUCCUAUCAGUAACGACGAGAUGGUCAACAGUCUGGCCAAGUUUGUUUCUUUCAAAACGGUCUCAGCAAGCCCUAAAUUCUCUGGUGAAUGCAACCAGGGUGCGGCUUUCCUUCGACGACACUGCAACUACCUUGGUGCCAAGACAAAGCUUCUGACAACUGGACAAGACACCAACCCAAUUGUUUUCGCGCGAUUCAAUGCCACCGCAGCCGACAAGAUUGACAAGACAAUUCUUUUCUAUGGCCACUAUGAUGUUGUUGGUGCCGAGACCAACAGAGCCAAGUGGAGAACCGACCCUUAUCAACUCACCUCCAUCAAUGGAUUUUUGUAUGGCCGUGGUGUCUCCGACAAUAAGGGGCCAAUCCUGGCCUCUCUAUACGCUGCUGCCGAUCUCGCUAGGACGAAGACACUGCGCUGCAAUGUCGUGUUCCUCAUUGAGGGCGAAGAAGAGUCUGGGUCGCAAGGAUUCCACCAGACAGUGCGGGAACACAAGGAGCAAAUUGGAACCGUGGACUGGGUGUUGUUGGCAAACAGUUACUGGCUCGAUGACUACAACCCAUGUCUCACUUACGGACUCCGCGGUGUCGUGCACGCCAAUCUGGUCGUCUCAAGCGAGCAUCCUGAUCUUCACAGUGGUAUUGACGGCAGUACUUUGUUGGAUGAACCUGUUAAAGAUAUCACCAUGCUGCUCUCUACCAUUGUUGGGCGCAAGGGUAAAAUCAAUCUGCCUGGCUUCCACGACGCUGUCAGGCCCCUGACAGACGCCGAACAAAAGCGAUUUGAGGCCAUUGCAGAUGCAAUGAUCCUUCAACACCCAAAAAUUUCAGACACUGAGGCCCUAAUCAAAUCACUCAUGCACCGUUGGCGUGAGCCUGCUUUGACGGUCCACUCCGUCGAAGUUCCCAGCAGCAAGAGUGCCACUACUAUCGCCCGACGAGCCAAAGCAAGCUUGUCAAUCCGUAUCGUUCCAGACCAGCAAGCCGAUGAAGUGGCAGCAGAUCUGACAGCCUACGCCCAAGAACAAUUCGCGCUAUUAGAUUCACAAAACGAUCUGACCGUCGAGAUUACCGGCAAGUCGGACGCAUGGCUCGGAGACCCCGAUAACGACCUCUUUGCCACCCUAUCCGAGGCGAUCACAGCGGCCUGGAGCUCCGCCCCAGAGGACGCGAAACUCCAAUUCCCUCCCAUCCCCCAACCCACAAACACCCGUUCCAUUAAGCCGAAACCCGGCCCAAUCCCCGACCUCCGCCGCCAAGACUCCUCCGACAGUCUCGCUUCUCAUGUGGAGCGGGUGAUCACGUCAACGACGACUUCAUCCGCCGGCAAAGAAGCCGCCCGCAAACGCUCCUCGCAAACAGCUGCGGCAGUGCCGACCUCGUCGACCCUCACCGCCACACCGACAGAGGAACCGGCCGCAUUGCCAAUCCGAACAAAGUCCGAAGCGGACGAAAAGUCGAAAUUGGGACCGUCCCGCCUGGUGAAACCAAUGUUUAUUCGUGAAGGCGGGUCUAUCCCAACCAUCCGGUUCUUGGAAAAGGAGUUCUCGGCCCCGGCGGCUAACCUGCCAUGUGGACAAGCCAGUGAUAACGCUCACUUGGACAACGAGCGUAUGCGCGUUGAAAAUCUGUACAAGAGUCGGGAAAUCUUCCGAUACGUCUUUGCUAACCUGGUAAAAUCUUGA